UCCACCGAAAGUGGUGGCACUUAUAUUGCCGAUACGCCAUCGGCGAUUUUUCAUGCAUCAAGCUCAGCACUAGUGAUGCGACAUGUUCCUGAUCGAGAUCGACAGAGUGUAUCGUUUGUAAACGUGGCAGCACGUCUGCGAGGCGCAGCCCGACGUCGCACUAGGGGUUCGGCAGCGAUGAGAGCCGAGCAGUUCUUGGAAGAGCAUUCGACGGAUCGUCAAACGCGCCAAGCGGCAUCUAUCGUUCGAGCAGUUCGUGCGAGUGCACGCGAUUCCACGUCGUCCUCUCUGCACCGCCUUCCGUUCUUCUCGGAUAUCACCUCGUUGGGUGUCAGCAGUACCGCAGAGGCUCGUCGUCAUUCGAGUGCGGCCAGUCGAAGUUAUUACUAUCGAUUGAAACUGUUCCCGUCAAAGAAAAGCGGCAAAGGAAUUAAACUCAAGGUUUUCUUACCGUUUCUCAAAUUUUUUAUUCAGUUGUAA